GUCAAUUGGUCCUGUCAUUACUUAUCACACUUCACAGUGACAUACUUAAAACUUCAAAUAAUACGUAUACAUCGUCAGUGUUGAUAACACAAAACAGAGGUCCAAAUAUAUGUUAGUGUUUUAUAUGCGGUGCUAAAUAUAACAUGGAUUUAAAAACCUUCGCCGAAAAAGAUUUUGAUCCGAAAAAAUGGAUAAACACGGCAUGGAGCGGAGCCGGCAACCAGGAGAAAGAGAUAUUUGUAGCCAACACAGUGGCAAGACUGCAGCUGUACAUGAAGCAGCUGAGCAACUCUCUGGAUGAGACGGCCACUCAAAUAGUGUCUUCGAUCCCGCGGACACUCCAGGAGGCGUCGUCCUUACAGCUGGAGGCGGCCCUUCUCCAGGAACAGCUGAAGAGCUUGGAGCAGAACGUUCAGGGGGUCGAGGAACAGACGGGACACUCCAUCAAGAGUCUACAAAAGAUAGACCAGCUCAAGACUAGACUGGAGAACGCGGCGUCGUCACUGCGGGAAGCUGAUAAAUGGGUUGCGCUCGCUCAGUCUCUGGAAGACACCCUGGACUCAGGGGUGCCCACAAACAAAGAGAAACUAGCGACACUCGCGGAACAAGUGCACGCUAUGACGACCAGCUUGGAGGCACUGAGCGACUCUGCGGAGUAUGAGAGCAAGCGACUUCAGCUAACCACUCUAUACAACAGACUGGAGGCGGCCAUCAGUCCGCCUUUCAUGGAGGCUCUGACCAUGAUGGAUGCAGAUCGCUCGUCGUCCUACGUGUCCCUGUUCGUGUCGAUGUCCCGCGUGUCGUCGGCGCUCCGCUGUUGGCGCCGGGCCUCCGCCGCCGCCCGCGCCUCUCGCUGGACGAGACUCGCGACUCACACGCCGCGGGCCGCCACACACCUGCUCAUGGACGACGCCCACGCCCAGAUGGAGUGGCUGGUGUCGGUGGUGAGCUGCGAGGCGCCGCUGGCCGAGCUGGUGCGCCUCCACACCGACCUGCUGCUGUCCCUCGACCCCUCCAUCACUAAGAUAGUGACGGCUCAGUUCAAGCUGUGCCAGAAGCCCGAGGACGGACUCACCUACCUCACGGACCUCCGGGCGGACCUCGACCACUACCGGGACAGGGUCCGCGACUUGCUGGACUCUCACAAGUAUAACAAAGAGGUCGUGUCUGAGGCGGCUCUGCGCGAGCUGGGCGUGUCUCUGUACAGUCCGCUGAAGGCGCUGCUCCCUCAGUACACGGAGCUGCAGACAUCGCUCCUGCUGGCCUCGCUGGACGACCCCGCGCUACACACGACGGACCUCCUGGACUACUCCCGCGGCCUGCUGACCGUGUGUGAGCGCUCCCAGGACCGGCUCUCUUCCGCUUACAGCAAGGGGAGGAUGAUAGCUGGUCCCGCUAUAUACGGCUACUUCGCGCCCGCGGCUGAGUCUUACCUGAGCUCGGUGUUGUCGCUGGUGUCGCGCCACUCCCGCGCGGUGGAGUCGUCGUUCCUGUCGUGUCGCUCCUCCAGCCUGAGCCCGCUGGCCCCGGCCGCCCUGGUGUUGGAGCGCGCGGCCGCCCUGCUGCCGCCCGUGCCGCCGCCCACGAGCGACGCCUGCGCUCCCCCCAACAUACUGUACGACCUCGGCCGUCUGUUGUCGUCGGGCUCCGCCCCCAGCGCCCCCUCCCUGUCCGCCGCCCUCCAGCGGACCCGGGACGCUCUGAACGCGCUCUCCAGGAACAUACUGAGGAGCCCUAUAGACCUGCAGCUGGACAAGAUCCCCCAGCUGUCCUCGUGGCGCCACAACGACGCUCUGUCCACGGAGCUCCCGGACUUCGCCCUCUCGCCUCAAGAAUACAUCACAGAGGUCGGUCAGUACCUCAUGACUCUCCCACAACACCUGGAGCUGCACCUGGGAGACGCGAGGGCUCCCUGGACAAUACUCGCUGAGUUGUGUACGCACACCUGUGAGGUCUACGCUCAGAAGAUCCUCACUAUCAGGAACAUGGACGAGCUCGGCACUAAGAGAUGUCUCACUGAUAUAGUAUAUCUAUCGAGUGUGGUUGAAGACCUCGGCAGCAGCAUCACCCCGGCCCUCAAGAAUCUGGAGAAUUCUCUCCGAGCAGCAUCACACACGCACACACAGACAUAGAUUGUUCAAUAAAUGUUAUAAUGAAUCA